CCACCGCCCCGCACCGCUUGCAGCGUCGGCGGCGUCUUCGCAGCCUCUCCGCCGCGCCAUUUGCUGCGGCUGAACGUUCCCGAAGCCGACCCCAAAACGAAGCCUGUCGGAGGUGGGAUUCGAACCCACGCCUCCAUUCGGAGACCUGAACGCCCCACCUUCCGAGAAGGCUCUCCGCCUUGAGUCUGGCGCCUUAGACGGCUCGGCCAUCCUGACGACGCGGGGAAAGGGCGCUGGCGGGGACCUUGAAGACUCCGCCAGGGAUGCGCGGCGGAGAGACGCGACGUUGACGGGCGACGCGUCUCUUCUGAGCCGGGCCCGAAACGUGCGCCGUUCGGAGCCCCCUCAGGCGCCGCGGUUCGCUUCCCUGUGCGAUUGCGGCGCCCCGCGCCCCCUUUUUCUUGCCAAACUACAUCUCCCAGGAUGCACCGCUGCCCGCCCCGCGGAGGGCGCGAGAGUGUGGCGUCCAACGCAGCGGCCAUUUCGUUCUUCUCUUGCCCGGUGAGGUGACCGGAGAAGCGCGUUGGGCUUUCGAGAUGUUUCCUUUGGCGCGAAGAGCUUUGGGCCUUUCGGCCCGUGGCAUUCAACAUACUGUGAGGAGACAGGCUCACCGCAAACUUGAACCUGAUUUCCAUGACAAGUAUGGCAACCUCGUUCUCAUUUCUGGGGUGGCGUUUGCUGUUGGCACUUGGGCUUAUGCUUGCAUCCAGCUUCCAAUUGCAUGGAAUUUCUCUCCAGUUGGUCGACUUACUCCAAAAGAAUGGAGAGAAGACUAGGAGUGACUUCAUGACCCUUCUGGGAAUAGCGAAGUAAUCUGAGCUGUAUUUGUGUCACCCUCAUCUGGCACUCUUCUGUGCUAUGUGUGAUAUAAUAAAAGUAUUGAAAAUAGAUAA